GAACCCAGGAGGCGGCUCCGAGCGUGGCGCGGGGUUUGCUCCCGCGCGGCUGAGACUGGUGAGCGGAAUGUCCACCGCUGGUGACGGUGAGCGCGGUGAUGUGGGGCAAGAAGACUCUGCUGCUGCCGGCCCGUUCAGAUUCAGCCCGGAGCCCACGCUUGAGGACAUCCGACGCCUCCAUGCAGAGUUUGCUGCUGAGCGGGACUGGGAGCAGUUCCACCAGCCUCGGAACCUGCUCCUAGCCUUGGUGGGAGAAGUGGGCGAGCUGGCAGAACUCUUUCAGUGGAAGUCUGAUGCAGAGCCUGGUCCUCAAGCAUGGCUGCCAAAGGAGCGAGCAGCCCUUCAAGAGGAGCUUAGUGAUGUCCUCAUCUACCUAGUAGCGUUAGCAGCCCGCUGUCAUGUGGAUUUACCUCAAGCAGUAAUCUCCAAAAUGGACACCAACCGCCAACGAUACCCAGUCCAUCUGUCCCGAGGUUCUGCCUGCAAGUACACAGACUUGCCCCGUGGGACCAUCUCUGAAAACCAGACUGUGCAGGCUGAAGACCCUGCCUCUGAGUUGAGAAACCAGGCUUCCACCUAGAAACACAGUGCUAAUCUGGUCUUAUUAAAUCACAGGUCCAGGCCCAAGUGUUUUGUUUUGUUUUUUUUUUUCUCUCAAUAAAAUGACUUAAGGCAACA